AUGGCGGAGUUGAAAAAUUUAACUCAGAUUCGAGCAAGCGUCAAGGGUCGUAUGACUAGAAUCAAUAAUGGUAUAACCGCAAACACUAGACCGGCGGAAGCUAAAGUCAAAAUUAAAAUGAUCGAGGAGAUAUUUAAAUUGUUUGAAGACGUACAAGCUAAAAUCGAAGUAAUCAAAAUCGGCAAUAAAGAUGAUGAAGGAGCUUCCAGCGUGACACAGCGAGAAGCUGACGGAGAACGUGGGGUUUUCAAAAACAUUCAUUUCGAAGCGGCGACGAAAGCACAGACAACAAUCGAUUUAGAAAAAGCACAGGAAGACGCGAGAGAGCAAGCUGAAAUACAAGCUCAAGCACAGAACAACGUGGAAGCAGCAGUAGGCGGUCCGCCCAGAAACGGAGGACGCAUCGAUGUAAAACUUCGGACUCUGAAAUUGCCGGAGAUUGAAGGAGAUUAUAACGAUUCGCUUCUCAAGGAUGCAUAUGUUAUCGGCGGAUUGGAGACAUCGGCAGAAAUUUACGAGAGCGCUUGGGAGUUAUUGGAAAAUAAUUAUGAAGACACCAAGUUGCUUAUAAAUACUCACAUCAGCAAUUUGCUUGACUUUACGGCUGUAGCGAAAAACAAGCCCGCCACUAUAAAGCAACUUGUCGUAAAGACUGGAAAGGAGUGCAAUCGAGACAAGGAGAAGCGAAAGACGUUCGAGGAAUAUCUAACGUUCUUAAAUGAGAGAUGUCGUACUCUGGAAAUGAUUGACAGAGGAAAAAUCAAACACGAGGCUCCAAAGCCUGCAACAUCGAAGAAACAGGGCAGUUCGGUAUCGUUGGCGACCGUUUCACAACAGAACUGCGCAAUUUGCAACAGUCCACAUGCAGUUUUUAAGUGUUCACAAUUUUUGCUGAUGCCUGUGGUCAAUCGAAUCGAAGAGGCGAAAACAAAGAGGUGUUGUCUGAAUUGUUUGGGUAAAGGACACUUUGCUCAAGUUUGCCGCGCAUCCGCUUGUAAAAGAUGCGGAAAGAAGCAUAACACACUCUUGCACCUCGGGCAAAAAGAAAAGCCAGCGACGACAGAAGAGUCAUCGAAGAAAACGAUUAUCGCACACUGUGUGAAAGGGCAAGAGAACUUCAAGGACAUUACAGAUAUAUCAUCAGUAGUCAGCUUCGUACGAAAGCCAAGCACGCAAAUCGUGUUUUCAACUGCUCGGGUAACCAUUGAAGAUGCAAACGGAAUUCAACAAAGUUUCCGUGUCCUUCUAGAGCCCGGUUCGCAGUCAAAUCUCAUCACAGAGGAACUCGUCAGCAGAUUGAAGCUUCCAUGUAAAAGACGAAACGAGAUGAUAAGCGGCGUGAAUCAGACUCAAACAACUAUCGGACGAAUAGUUGAGGUCAAAAUCAAGUCGAUGCGUACCGCGUACGAAGCGAAGAUCGAAUGUCUAGUGCUACCACGCAUUACCAAAAAACUACCGCAAGUAAGGGUAGACACGAAGCUCAUAUUCUUGCCGGAAAAUCUAAAUCUCGCAGAUCUGAAUUUUCACAAGCCACGGGAGUCAUAG